CUUAUCACUGUUUACUCUGAAUGAUUACAUUAGGUUUGAAGCAAGCCAUCCAACAUUUGAAAUCAGACGUAUAUUUCUUUUCUGUAAUUGAAAGAAGCAUUUUUUCACUUUGUUUUGUAAAUUUUUCAUGGAAUAAUAGAAUCAUAAUGAGGUUAAUUUUAGUAUUAAAUGUAUUAACCAUUCUCUUUGAGAGCAUCAGUGGAGCAGGACUAAAAGUAUCGCUUAAGAGAACAUAUGUCACAAGAGAUGGACAGUGGUUGAAAAAUGUUAAAACCCAAAGUAAAAGAUAUACUCAAUUUUUUGAAGCUGGUUCUCCCAAAGUAGCACUUACAAAUUAUCAAAAUGUUACCUAUUAUGGAGAAAUUGCACUAGGCAAUCCGCUACAGAAGUUUAAUGUAGUUUUUGACACUGGCUCAUCAGACCUUUGGGUACCUUCCAAAAAGUGUUGGUGGUCACUGGCUUGCUGGAACCACAAUACAUACAACAGUGAUAAAUCAUCUACUUAUGAAUUAGUGAAAGAUGCAUUUUCAAUUCAAUAUGGUACAGGAAGUGUACUUGGCAUUGUAGCUCGAGAUUCACUUUGGAUAGAUAACACUGAAAUAAAGCACCAGCAAUUUGGAGAAGCGACAGCAGAAUCUAGGCAAACAUUCCGUCCAGCUAAAUUUGACGGAAUUUUUGGUCUUGGCCUACCGGAUCUGUCUACAACUAAUUCUUUGCCACCAGUUUACAACAUGGUACACCAAAGAUUGAUAAGCCAUCCUGUUUUCUCAGUAUAUCUCAACAGAAAUGAGUCUUCAGCCCAUGGAGGUGAAAUUUUAUUUGGUGACAUCAAUCAAGAUUACAUACAAGGUCCCCUUUCAGAACAUCCUGUAAUUUCUACAUCAUAUUGGAUGAUAUUUAUGUCAAAUAUAGAAACUACAACAGGAGUUCAAUGGUGUGAAAAUGGCUUCCAAGCAGUUCCUGACACUGGUAGUUCACUUGUGCUUGGACCAUAUGAAGACAUUAUUGAAAUACUUGAAUACAUGGGUGCUCAAAUUACACCUGAGGGCUUAGGUUUUGUUGACUGUGAUCAUGUUGACACCCUUCCAAAUAUUACAUUUGUCGCAGAUGACAGAAAAUUGACACUACAAGCUGAGGACUAUGUAUUAAGGGGUGAAGAAAAUGGUUCUACUUAUUGUCUUGCUGGAUUCAAUGCUGUCAGAAAUUUGGAUUUUUGGAUACUAGGAGAUGUGUUCCUUGGGAAAUUUUACACAGUAUUUAAAAUAGGAUCCAACCCAACAGUCAGUUUCGGUGACCUGAAGAAAGUUUAAAUAUGUACUGUAAAUUUUCUGUAUCGUAAAUAAAGUAAACAGCUUCAAAUA